AUGGCCGUGGUAGUAUUAAUGGCCUUAAUCCCCAGGAGAGCUCUAGGAGAUGAAUUUGGGAACCAAUUUGAGAUGAACAGCUGCUCCAUCUGCUACCAUGGGUGACCACCAAGCCCCAGGGGCCCAGCAGUCUCUCCUGCCAAUUUUAAAGGCUGGCAUGUGCUGGAGAAGGAUGCACACUCCCAUCUGAGGGUGUUCAUGGAAGCUGUGCUGCCCAAUGGUCAUGUUGAUGUCACUCUGAUCUGUCCCAAACCUGAUCACACCUGGACUCCAGACUCCCACCUGGCACCACCCAUCACAUUCUCACUUCCUGCUCUUUAUCCUCAUCCCCUCUGUCCCACCCCAGAACAUAGCUUAGCCCAUCUAACCCCUGCCUCACUGUCCCUGGACCCACUCACCCCACCCUGCCCUAGGUACACUCUGACCCAGGAAUAUUGCCAGGUGGCCUCCAGGCACAUCCCCCACAGAGUGAGAAAGAUUUCAAAGGAAGGGUCAGCUGGCAGCUGCCAUGACAACACCAGAGACGGUCCUUGUUACUAUGGCAACACAAUGACUGUCCAGUACUUCAGAAAUAGUCACUUUGUCCUGGUGGUGUCCCAAGAAACAACCUUGGUGUGCAGGACACACUGGUCAAUGUCCACCUGGCCUGCACCGCACCCCCAGCUACUCCCCACCCAGGAGAUAGGAUCGUCCAUGAUCUCCAUGGCCCCUCUCCCCUGCUGUGACACCACAGUCCAGCUCACUCAGGAGAACCAGCUGGUGUCCGGCAUCGGUGUCUGGGUGGGGCCACAGGGUAAAGUUCCAUCACGUGGGAUGGCACCUGGUGAUGGGGAGCCUUCUUGGAACAGGCUGGGCAAAGGCUUGGGUGUGAAGGGAGCACAGAAGACUGCCUGGCACAGCUGGCUCGAGCUGUCCCAAGAAGACAAGACGAGGCUUCAUGUCUACUGUGUCUUCAAUGCCAGUGACUUCCUGCCCCUCCGGGCAUCCCUCUUUCCUCCCCCUCCAGUCACUGUGACCCAGUCCAUCCCCCUGCGGCUCCUGCUGCAGAUCAUCAAGGGACAAGGGUACGAAGAGGCUUUCGGCUCCUACCAGAGGGAGGGGAACCACCCCAUCAUGAGGCUGCUCUGAAAGUCUGACCUCGUGGAGGUCUGGCUCCUACAGAGGACAGACCCCAGUCCGGUCCUGGUGCUGCACCAGUGCUGGGCCACUCCCAGUGCCAACCCCUUCCAGCAGCCUCAGUGGCCAUUUUGGCAGGAAAGUGACGGUGCUCUGCCCUUCCAGUCUCACUAUCAGUGCUUCACCAUUGCCACCUUCGCCCUCUUAGGCACUGGCUCCCAGAGGGCCCUCAGGGGACCCGUCAGAAGCAUGUGCACCUCCGCCUGCUGCCCCUCAGGGCUGGAGACUUGCUUGACUACAUGCAGCUCUGGGGCUGAAGGGCAGUAAUCAUCCGCAGAUCACCACAGUGACAUUGCCAGGCCCAGCGUGGUGAACUCUCCCGGGCCACUGGGCUUUGAGGAUUCCUACAGGCAGAACUGCAACCCAAGGCCUCUCCUCUGGGUAGUUCUUCUGCUGUUGGCUGUUGCCCUGGUCCAAGGAGUUAGGGUCUUCAUGGGCCUGAGCCAGGCCAAGCCCAGAAGCUCCAGGAAGGCAACAGAGGGUGAACAGGCUGUCUUGUUUCAAGCCCAGACUGGUCCACAGAGGGAUGGGCAGCACAGGCUGAGUGGCAGCCUGUUGGCCCUGAUGCUGCCUGAUGCCAUCGUGGGCACAACCACCAGACAGGUCAGUACCAGCACCAGCUGUGCUGCUGACAGUCUGCUCAUGGAUGACGGGCCUUCAUCUCUGACUUGUCAGUCAGAAAAGGUCUUUGCUGCCACAUAG